AUGGAGCGAAUACAUUCUCCAAUUUUACUAAGCCUCAUCAUUAUGCUGGUUGCUGAAAGUCUUGGAGAAUCCAUAACAAUCGUAACUCCGCUUGCAGAGCAAGUUCCGCCUGAUGCCAUACAUUUCACUACAGGGCACCAGUACACGACUCCCGCGCAACUUUCGGCUAUUUCGACACCGCAAUUGAUUACUAACCCUACGGAGCAGUCGAAAUCGUACUUAUUUGCCCCACCGAACGGCACAAACGGAGGAGUUACCCCGGCCGGCGACGUAACGUCGACAACAUUGUCCCAACUUCCGACAUCGCAGCAACCAGUGUACAUAUCCAACAUUACCUCGUUUACAACAAUGAACUCCUCGGUGACGUUACAGCCAACAUCCCGUCCGGAUCUGAUUGAUGUGGACGUGCCGUUGAUCGAAGUGAAGCAGCUUGGCCCGGGAGGGCCAAAUCAAGUCGAGAGUGCCGGCAUUCAACGGGCUCUUUGUUGGUUGAGAGAUAAACGGUUGCCUGACUAUAGCUGGGGCAACGACACGCAUAUGGUGAUUUUGGCAAAGGAACUGUCGGGCGCACGGGACCCCACAGAUAACGACAAUCCGAUACAGGCGGUGUCUGAUCUGGAGAACCUCCUGUCGAUCAAGCAGAUGGACAUCGAGGUAAUUACCAUGCUGGACCGGCAUCACGCGACUGCCAAGCUUCCGCACACGGAUCACGUGGCAAAGUACAUCUUGGCAAUGGGCGGUCUCUGCAAGGAUGCUCGACACUUUUACGGGCACGACCUGAUUGCCAUUCUCGAGCACCAUGAGCAUGACCAGGGACAGGAGUACGAGUUUGCCCUGACAGCGCUGGCUAUCUGCAGCUCGGCAACGCAUGUCCGCAAACGGCAGAUUAGGCGAUUGUUGGACAUAGCGAGCGGGGAGAUUAAGGAUGUUGAUACUAUGGCGAUGGUAUUGCUCGCCCUGCAGUGUAUAGUGACAGAUCACAGGCAUCGGCAUUUGCAGCACUUUGUCCGUUCACCUGCCCGCGGUUUGGCUAGUUUGCAGGGCCUUCAGGGUAGCUUCGGUUCGUUGCGUAGCACGGCAUUGGCUAUGCAGGCAUUGCAAGAUUUGGAACCCGAUCCGGCAGGAAAGUGGAAUCGCAGCGCCGCCUCGGAAUGGCUUCUUAGCAAGCAGCGUUCUGAUGGCGGGUGGACCGAGGAGCCACUACAAGAUGGACAGGAUGCUAGCAUUGGAAUCGGUUUGACGGCGGAUAUUGUACUGGCACUGGGUUGGCGAGGACUGGGGGCUGUACGUGCGCUACAAUGUGACCAUGUAAUGCGCGAAUCGAACGAGCCGUCGGAAAACGGGGAGCCCAAGCUGGCGCUACCGGUAGGGCUACACAUUUCCCCGGUAGAGGAAGCGGAACCACGGAACGUGUCUUACACGUACACCCUCUGGGUUGGUACGAACGAAACAGAGGAAUACUUUCUUGACUUGACCUCACCGAAAAAUACGACAUUCUUCCGAGCUAUGAAGCAAGCUGCAGAUAUAGACUCAAGGUUUUCAUUUGAAGCUCGGGAAUGGCCUAAUGGGCACUACGUGCAUACUCUGGCCGGUAUGAAGGAAGAACCAAAAAGCUACCACUUUUGGCUGCUAUACCGCCUACCUGAGAAGCCAGACACGAAAAAUCCCCCGGGAAAUCAGCUCAUAGCGCCGUUGGGCGUGGACGAGUUGUUGGUGGAGGAUGGCGAACAUUACCUGUACUGGUAUAAGAAGCUGUAAGCGACGUCCUCGUUCAUUGGCCGAUCCCUCCAUUCGUAUAUACCUUAGAAGUUAGUCCGCAAACCAGAAAGCAAUAAGUGGUAGAAGCAGCGUGGGGUGUGCAACGCUAAGUAACUGCGAACGCAGAUAUGUGCAUUGUUCUGUUACAUGUUUUGAAAUCUUGAAAACAGUGUCGCGGUAUAAUUUACCACCGAAACUACUAUGCCACCUUGGGGAUAUGAUCCGCAGAUCGCCGCAACUUCCCGAAGUGGCUUUAUUGCUCAGUUUAUAGCGCAAAGUAUGGUUAUUUACAUUUGUUUUUCAGUGCUCGAAAUGUGCAAAAUGGCGAACGAAAUGGCGGCAUGGUAGGGACCUACGCUAGAAAGUGCUCAAACAGUAUGAAAACAAAGGUUUAUGAAAUAAGACAAAGGAUAGACGUACACUGACUAUUGUAGUGUAGGAGGUGGAUGAACAAAAUGUGGACCAUCCGUGUGCGAUGAAGAAGGGCCCGGUUUGUACGAAAUGUGCACCCCUUACUUUACCACAAAAUGCGGAAAUCGAAAAACAAUAUACAAGCACUUAUAUACGUUAUACAAAUAUAUCUAUUAUACAUACAUUAUUAUAUAUACACACAUAUGCGCGCGCGUGCAUAGAGAAAGAAUAGCACGGCAUCAACGUAAUAGAAGGUCUGGCAGCUAGAGGGAAGAUGCCAGUUGGCGAGGGCCACCUUCGAAACUAAGCCACCAGCCAAAGCAAAGAUUUAGCAAAGCAAAGUCUCAGUGGAGCAGGAGCAGAAUAAUGAUUGUAGUGUAUUACAAAUGUGAUUUACUUUUCUGCAGCAUCAAACAGCGAAAAAUGCACCCAAUUCGACAAUAAUUUAUGUGUGCUUCAUUGGAGAUAGUUGUUGGAGUGACAAACCCAGAAAAACAAACCGACCACAAGCGAACUGUUAGUAAUUUUGCAAGGCGAAAAAGCGAUACCAGAUAUAUGUGGGGCAUGUGUUCAUGUCUAUCCAACCCUGGCGAACAUUGUUUGGCGUAAACAAAUAUUUGCAGCAAAUAUAGUCGGUAAGGAAAGUUGUAAGUCUAGAAGAAAACGAACAAAAGACGGAAAGACAAAAUGUAAUCCAGCAACAUUCGCCCAGUCCUUUGCGGUACAGUAAGUACAUUCCUUAGAGAUCCAAAUCAGCAGCAGAGCAGCAGUAGUGCGUUGCCUUGGCGCUGUAGUGCUGGUAUGCUUUAGUAUUAAUCUUGCUUCGCGGGAGUGCAUUGGGUUAGUGUCCACUAGUUGAAGUAGUUCCGUUCUGAUCUUUAGGGUAAAUUAACUAAGUGUCGGUUAUAGACCAGCUGAACGCAUAAGGCAACUACAAACAGAUUGAACCACACUGGAUCCAACACGAUACCAAUAGCUCAAACCAGGCUUAACCCCCAUCCAGGCUAAACAACAAGUCGCAGUGCUUAACAAUAAUACCUUACCUAACUUAUUUACAAUACAACGUAACAUUAUCUAAACCAAAUACGAAUAGUUUUACGUUUAUUAUUUGUAUCUGUUAUUAUCGAAUUGUCACCAUCAUCUACGCAUAGUAUGAUGUAUUAAUUUUAAUACCGUCAACUGAAAAUAGUGACUGAUAGCAACGUUGGCGUAACAAUGCCAAAUUACGUAUAAAGUUAGCUUACUGAUUCUAUAGCUCAAAACUACACACAAGAAUAGUGGUGUAAAGACCGAAAGUGCACGCACGAAAGUGCCAUAGCCACUGGCCCACCAAGUCGGAAAAUGGUAUUAUACAUGAUCGAUGAACAAUAACUCUACCACAUCAGAAAACUUUAUGCAUAUGCGCACCGUACCAACUAAAUAGCUAUUG